AUGUUCGACUACUCAGAGAUCAAGUCGGUCUGGUCGAGCAAGGCGCUGGCGACGCUUCCUGGGUUUGAAAAUGACAUGCGCUACCUAGAAUUCUACUAUCAUUGUGUGGGACCGAAACUUUCCGGUAGAUUCGACACUGAGUUCUGGUCACGCACGAUUCUACAGAUGGCACACGCCGAGCAUGCUGUUCGCAGUGCUCUGAUAGCCUUGAGUCAUUUGAAUCAGCAUCAAAGCGGCACUCUGCAGCAUGCUCGUCGGUCUGCGCUUGAUGGAAAGCAGUAUGAUCGCAUGCCAUUUUGGCUGAACUACAACAAAGCGAUCAGACUGCUUGUGGAGCACAUGUCUAAGCCGACCUAUUCAGCCGAGCAGGGAUUGGUCUGUUGCCUACUUUUCGCAUGCAUUGAGUUUCUGCAGGCUGAUGCAAAUGUCGCUUUCACUCACAUCAGGAGCGGACUGAACAUCGUUCACGAGUUGCGACAGCGAAAGCUCGUAGGCUCCGCUACCAAAUCUGCUGAAACCGGCCAGGACAGUGUCAACGCCCGCUCGAACAUGGUCGAGCAGGUGCUGGUCCCAAUCCUUACUCAAGCUCUUGCAUCUGCUCUCCCCUACGGUGCGAGUCUCGCCAAAGACUUUGCAUUCCUGGACUCAUGCCCACAGUACUUCACGGGGAGGUCAUUUUCAAGUCUAGACGAUGCAAGGUCUUCAUUCUUUGACCUGCGAAAUGCAGCCUUCACGAUCGCACGGGACAUGGCGAUCAAGCUCUACGGAUCGCUGUCCUUCACCCAGGCAGAUCACAAGCGCCGAAAUGACCUUCUGAAGCGUCACCGUGACUGGCUAGAGGCUCUGAAAGCAUUCGAGAGCUCACAAACAAUUCCAGCAGCAGAUACGCUUUCACUCAGUGCACUUAGGCUCGGCUAUUGUGCAAGCUACAGUGCGUGCGCAUGCAUCAUGGACAAAACUCAGAUGUCGUACGACGCCCAUCUUGAAAGCUAUCACGAUAUCAACCGACACGCUAGCUUCUUGAUCCAUUCGCUUGAGGUUGGUACUUCUAGGGAGCAAAAUUGCGCGCUUACUCCCUCUGCCAACUUUACGUUCGACACCUCCCUUAUCCCAGCUUUGUUCUACCUUGCCAUACGCUGUCGCUGUCCCAUCACACGUCGCACGGCCAUCAAAUUACUGGCCAAGGACCUGCCUCGCGAAGGGCUUUGGGAUGCCGAACAGCAUCGCAUUGUGGCCGAGCGAGUAGUCGAGAUCGAGGAGAUGGAGGUCGGCGCAAACGGAUGGCCCACAGGGGUAUCUAGACUGUGCACAAGCCGUGUUGGGACCGAGGUUGAUUGGAACAACGGCUUCCAGGCAAGCUUCCUGUACACAAAAGAUAUCGACCUAGCGGCGCAAAAAUCUUGGAGCGAGCGACUCGUCCUGGGUGAGAGUGUUAAGAGAACGCUCGCUCCCUUUGCGCCUACACAAGAGUGA